AAUCAAUUAACCACUUGUGUAAAAAAAACAGAAUCAGUCACCUGGCGUUGACGCUUCGCGAAAGAAAACACACUUAGAUAAUUAUAUUUGCAGUAGAUAAAGGUGGAAAUUUGUUCGCAAAUAUCUAGUUUGAUGUUAGGCCCCACACCAGUUUUUAUGAAUGUGCGUGGUCCGCGAGAACCAAUGCAGUUAUAGUAUAUGAAGUACAGCUAAAUUCAUUAAAAAAUGGCAGAAAUAAAAAGCAGAGAAAGAAAAUUCAGUCACUUUAAAAUAUACUUUAGGGAAUAUAGCGACUAUACCGGCAUCCACGGAUUGAAAUUUAUAGGUGAGAGACGCAGUUUAUGUGAAAAGAUUAUCUGGACAAUAGUAUUUUUUAUGAGUCUGACUAUAUGCAUCCUAAUAGUAUACGAGGUUUUCAAAAAAUGGCACAAGAGUCCCGUAGUCGUCAAUUUUGCGACCGAACAGGUCAAUAUUUUCGAUAUUACGUUCCCGGCGGUAACCAUAUGUCCGGAAACGAAAGUCUACAGUGACUAUUUCAACUUCUCCUACAGUCUUAUGAAUGUCAACGAGACUACACCAGAACAAUUAAAAAAGUUGCAAUAUAUGUCCCUGUUGUGCGAUUCCAAUGUUUUGUUGGACAGAAUACCCAAAAACAAUUUCACGGACGAAGAUUUUUACACAUUCUUAAAAACCGGUGCCCCCAAUUUUCUUCGCAAAUGCAGUUGGAUGGGAAGAGACAUCCCUUGUGAACAAAUAUUCCAACCCUUGUAUACUGAUGAGGGUUUGUGUGUUACAUUUAACAUGCUGAGCAAAAGGGAAAUGUUUACCGAUAAAGCGGAAAACAUCGACCCUCCUCCACAAUCCUACAUUGACAGAUCGUCAGCGGGUUGGUCGGCAGAUCAUGGGUACCACGCUGGUGUCAGUAGCGAUACUUACCCGAGAAGAGCAUUGCUCUCCGGCUCAACCAAUGCUCUAGAAGUGAGCUUCGCUUUGAACAAUACCGACGUUGACUAUGGAUGUACCCAUUUUCAAGGUUACAAGGUAGUUCUACACAACCCCAUUAGAUUUCCAACCAUCAGCACCCACUACUUUAGGAUACCCCUUAAGAAGUCCGUAAUGGUAGCCAUAACUCCAUCUAUGAUACUAACUUCGGAAGAUCUAAGGGACUACAACACAGAAAAAAGAAAUUGCUAUUUUCAGUCUGACACCAAACUCACGUAUUUUUCAAACUAUUCCCAAAUAAAUUGCCAAAUGGAAUGUGACAUAAAAAUGACGAUAGACCGAUGCCAAUGUGUAGAGUAUUACAUGCCAAGAAACAAGAGCAUGCCCAUAUGCGGAAUCGGAAAAAUGGAAUGUCUACAGCAAGUCUCACACAUACGCUCAUAUAUCUAUCUACCUCAAGUUUAUAUUCACAAUCACAUGUAUCGCAAAAAACACCACGCGGAUCAAGGGCUCUGCCACUGUCCGCCCAUGUGCAACAACAUGGACUACAAUGUGGAAAUAACAGAAAGCGACUACGAUUGGCCGAGAAAAAUGAAAGCUAUCGGGAUUGAUGUGGUUCAAGAGGACGAGGAGGGAUUGGCGACGUCUGAACUGCAGAUUUAUUUCAAACAAAACAUGUUCAUUCCCCAACAGAGGAGUGAAAUGUAUGGAACGUUCGAAUUCCUUGCGAACGUCGGAGGUCUACUCGGAUUGUUUGUGGGAUUCUCUCUGAUUUCUAUGAUCGAGUUAGUUUACUUUUUGUCCCUCAGGAUAAUUUGCAACUUGAAUCUUUACAAUAAUUGGUAUGGGAAACCUAAAUCUCCUAUAAUGAACCUAGCCUGAACAUUUUCUACAAAAUCAUGUUGGUACAAGAAAAUGCAAUUGAAUAAAAUAUGUGGUAGUUUUAGGACAUACGCGAAUCUCAGGAAAUUAAGAAGACAGUUGCACGAAAGAAUUAUUAAUCUUUCACAUUAAAUAUUUUUUCUAGGCAC